AUGGCAACAGCGACGAAGCAGCUCAAGAAAGCUGCUCGUAUCAUCCUCAUUGGGGCUCCGGGCGUAGGAAAAGGCACCCAGACCAAGCGACUGCUUGACAGGUUCCCACAGCUAGGGGCAAUCAGCUCUGGAGAUCUUCUGCGAGAGAAUGUCCGAAAGAGAACACCGCUAGGCAUCCAAGCCGAAUCCAUUAUGCAAUCAGGAAACCUGGUACCUGACUCGGUCAUGCUAGAACUCAUCUCCUCCGAACUCAUCUCUAGAGGCUGGCUCCUACCCCCUCAGUCGUCGUCUUCCUCUUCUUCAAGUCCCUCCGCAAAGCCAUCCAUAUCGCGGACUGCAUCAUUCAUCCUUGAUGGCUUCCCCCGGACUGCGGCGCAAGCAUCAAUGCUGGACGAGAUCGUACCCAUCAACUUUGCCGUUCAUCUCCUGACCCCUCCCUCGGUCAUAAUAUCGCGGAUCGCGUCGCGCUGGGUCCACGAACCAUCAGGACGGGUGUACAACACGGAUUUCAACCCCCCGAAAGUGCCAGGGAAAGACGACGUGACCGGGGAGCCCCUCACGCAGCGGGCGGAUGAUUCCAUCGACACCUGGAAACAGCGGCUAAAGCAGUUUGAGGAGUCCAGCAAGCCCCUCCUUGACCACUAUGAAGCAAAGGGCUGUCUCUGGCGCGUAGAGGGGAACUCGAGUGAUGAGAUCAGCCCUAAGCUUUUCGCCGAGAUUGAGCGGAGGUUUGCCUAG